UCGACAAUCGACAUAAACUUGUUUUGAUUUUUGACGCGGGUCAGGUUGGCGGUUGCUCAAAAUACCAAAAUUUAUAUUUUAAAAACACAAAAACUUAAUUUUUUCUCUAUUUCAAUUCAUAUAUUAUUAAUAUUGAUCCUUAAAUGACUAAAAUGUUGUAGUGAGUUUUGUCUACUUGUGGUAAAAGUGAGAAUCGUCGAAAAUGGUUGCUUCAAUCUACAACGCGUCGGAUUCGUUGUUUUCUGCUUCAGGCAGGAACCAUUUUCCCAGUUGCUUCACUUGUGGUCAAUACUCUCCGUUUAUGAUUUACCUCGGUUACAAUGAAAAAUCCAUCAAGUUCUGCCCGGAAGCAAAGCGCAUCCAACUAUUCUGUCCAAUCUGUUCUCCGCAUCCGGCCCUCUUCAGGCAGCUUUUCCCCAAUGAUAACCUUUUCCGAGCAGACAGCAUUCUGAACGAUCAGCGACUGCUUGCACUGCUGGAGGAUUUUGUAUACUCCCAUCCGGACGACGAGCAAUACUCGAACAUGGAAAGGAUCAUCAUCACAGAAAACACUCAGCUGCACUCGCCCUACAAAGUGGUGGCCAAGCGGAAAGCACCCAAAUCGUUUAAACUCAAGCUGCUGAUGAACUUGUUCCCGGAAGCUCACCGGAUGCCUAACCGAAACUGCAGCGAUGAGAAUGAACUGUGCGAAACCAUGAAACAAAAGUACCACGACAUCUGCGUUAGCUACAUGAACAUAUCGGAGGCCGGAGGGAGCCAGCUGAUAGAUAACUUUGACAUUCUGAUUGAUAAGACUCCGCGAUCGGCAAUGAGACCGAAGCCACGCUGCCGAACAGCGAUGGUCGUUGUUCCCCAGGACAGUAUUAUAGAGGAAUGUGCCGAACAGGAACAAGUGAUGAGCGAUUCCGACCGUGAGAUUCGUGCCGUCGACGAGCACAAACAUCUGAAGAGCAUCCACUUUGUCAUUCCACGUACAGAUUCCGACGACGAAAGCGACCUUGCUUCGAUAGCCUCGGGCGUAGUGAACGAGUUUCAAAUAUCAUCAGCAGAGCCGUCUGGAAUCUGGGACGUUCGGCCAUCGUCCCAGUCAUUAUCUCAGCACGUCAGUCAGCAAUCAUCGCAGAUGCCAGUUGCAGCUGGUCAGUCAUCAUCACAAUCGGUGGACAUAAGUUCCCAAUCGAUGGGCAAUGGUAAUCAGUCGGAGCUGUCCUAUGGUUCGGACAGUUCCGACAGCUGUGUGAUUGAUAUGCCUCCACCACCGCGCCGUACAGGUCGACGACCUCCGUCGGCGGACGAUGGGCAACAACCGGGCCCGAGCAACAUCAAGCGUCGCAGGGUGAGCCCUAGAGGAAAUCGGCCAACGAAUCCAACUCCGGAAGAGGUCCAAAGAAAUCCACACGGUACCGCACGCCUUCCGCGCCUUGAUGGAGGCUAAGUAGAAUCCUUUCAUAUGUGUUGGCAAUUUUACCUAUGUAUGUAUUUUUUUGGCCGCAUAUCAUACUUGAGAUGAGGUCCGUUUACAAUAGACUGAGUUUUAUGUA